CUAACGUUCAACAGUAUAUAUGUAAAGAGUCUGCUCAUCCAUUUCGCAAUAAAUCGCACUCUAACAUAUUUGCAUUUCCAGCUAAAGGACUCCAGAAAGACAUCCAUUCAAUACAGUCAGUACGAUCCAAUGCACACCGUUCGAUUCCAUAUCGCUUCACCGUCCAUCGAACCUUUUCACCGCCGGUUUCGAAAUGUUGCGAAAAUUCUGCGAAAAUUCUGCGAAAAUAUAAAAGCUAAAUCAUCGCACGUGCCUUUUCAACAACACUUCGGGCCGGCUUAGCAGUAUGAGAACACAACUCACCACCUUUCCAGCCCUUUCGCUUGCUUCCCCAUUAGGCAAGGUGACGAGAUGUUUCGCACCAGUUUCAUUAAAAUUUCACCAGCAAGCAUAAUGCACCGACGAGAUGGUUUUUCCUCGUGCCUUUCGCUCUCCGGAGCACCGAAAGGCAUUUUACUUUAAGGGCUGAGCUUUACCCUGCUCAUUUCCGCUCGAUACUCCACAGCCGGGCAAGGAUCAAAGGCUCACAGACACAGAUAGCAGAGGCCUGGCAAAAAUUGACUAAUGAAAAUCACAACCCAGAGGCGAAGGUGGAGGCUAAUUAACCUUUCUGGUAGGACCGGAGUUUCUGGGAGUGUUUUCCUUGCUGUGGUUUUUUUGUGCUGACUGUUAGGCAGUUGGGUCGAGUGAGGAAGAGGAGGGAAAUAUCUUACGCUCCAAGGUGGUCCCACCUUUCCCGGAAAGUGAUUCGCGAAUCUUGGGCGCUUCCCAGUGCUCGCGGCAACACUUUAAUUGAAUUAGGAUCACAAGAAUGGAAAGCUUUCGGGGGUUUGCGGUACUAAAUCUCCUGGUGUUUCGGUGCUAAUGAUACCAGCUGUAAUCGCGGUUGCCUUUUGCGUUAAUGACGGGUUUCAAGAUGAUUCAAGCUAUUGUAAUUAAUCAAUCGAUUUAACAAUGAUAUCAAGAGAUUAAACUAAUCAAGCAACUCAAAUGAUGGCUCCCUGAGACACCAAACGCCCGAUCUUUAAGCUUGUUGCUUCAUGCUCCAACCAACUCUCCCACUAGAAAGUCAACCAUCAGAGUAGGCUAUGUGGAGUGCAAAAGACAAAAAACAAAAAAUAAAUAAAUAUUGUUCGGCUUUUAAUAGCUUCAUAACCUUUCCUUGGGGAGACCGUUCCGUUUGCCGGUGAAUUAAAAAUGAGCAAAAUCCCAACUCAGCAGCAGUACAAGCAGCGUCAGAGCAGCCUUCCAAACCCCGGCAUAACCCACGCACCAUCAGAACAACCCCCAGAGGAAAUGGUUGCCGGUAAUGGCGGUGAAAAAGGCAAUCGGAACUUUCCAUCGCACCACUGCUCCGUCAGCCAUGAUGUGGACCUGGUGAAGCUGCUAAUAUCCGCCAACACCGUACCACGCAGGCUCGCUCGCUGGUGGCGCCGGCUAUGCCUGAUCGAUCAUCACAGCCCCAUCGCGAGGCUCGCCUUUCGCAGCGAUACGGCAAUCAAGCGCGAAAUGUCACGCCAGCUUACCUACUACCCGGGCACGAUACAUCCGCUGAGCUAUUUCCGCUUCAUCUGGAACUGUCUGAUGAUAGUAACAUUCGCGAGCGUCUUCCUGCUGAUACCGUACGACAUAACGUUUCUGUACCGGAUCGAGGACUACUAUCCCUUUACCGCGUUUCAUAUGGUGCUGUUGGGCGCGGAUUUCAUUUGCCUGGUUGAUGUGGUGAUAAACCUGUACACCGGGACGUACGACCGCCAAACGCAGCGUGUCGAUCUGAACAUGAGCGGCGUCCGGAAGCGUUACCUGCGCUUUUGGUUCUGGAUCGAUGUCAUCACCUCGGCACCGGAUCCACUGUUGACGAGGCUCAUUCCCACCACAACGUUCGACAACUCGCUGGUGUACUGUCUGCAUCGGCUCAACUUCCAUGCCGGCUGCCUGUGGGAUCUGUGGAGUCUGCUGUCGGUGAUGAAGAUCUUCCGCUUCCGGACGUUCCUGCGCUACAUCCGCGGCCUUUGUGAGUGGUUCGGGCUGCGGCGCAAGGUGAUCAAGUUCAUCGCCAUCCUGGCCACCGUACUGACGGUGUUCCAUUGGAGCACGUGUCUAAUGUUUCUGGUGCUCCGGUUAGCGCAAGGAACUGAUCCAGCCCAGAUCGAUCAGCGCUCCUGGACGAUGAAGAUAUCGUUUUGGAAUCAAACGUCUUUGGUUCGCUACAUGGAAUGCUCCUACCGCACGCUGUACACCGUGGCACACAUCACGCACGACUUUAGCGAGUCCAUGACCUACGACGAUAUGCUGAUGUCCCUGGCCUACACCAUCAGUGGCUACAUCCUCAAGAUUUACCUGCUAGCGGAGUUGCUUAUUUUCAUACGCAUUCUGUUUUCCAGCGCCAGCAAGUAUCACGAGUAUCGGUACGAGCUGAGCAACUACAUGCGCCACGAGCAGCUGCCGGCCGCGCUGCAGCAGCAAAUCUUGAGCUUCUACGACUUCCGCCAUCCGAAGAUCUACAGCCGCUGGUCGCUGAUCCGGUCCGUGCUGGGGGAGCAGCUUUACGGAGAGAUGCGCAUGCAGCUGGUGGGACCGCUGCUUCGGGGCUGUCCCCUGUUUCGGGCCGUGUUUACCGACCAGCAGCUGAUGGCGUUGGCACUCGGCAUGCAGUACCAGCUAUUCAUGAGGAACGAUAUCAUUGCCCGAUGGAACGGUGACGAGCGGGCCUGGCACAUGGUGUUCAUCGUGUCCGGCACGGUCGCCCUGUACACGAGCGGCUGGCAAAAGGUGCUGCACCUGGAGGAUGGGGAGCAUUUCGGAGAAUUCCAGCUGCUCUUUGAUGCGACUACGGUGAAAUUCCCCAACAUGGUAGCGGUGGAAAACUCUCAGCUUUAUAUCUUGUCCGACCAAGACGAACCGACCACCACGCCAGUACGAAUUUCCUGCCCGAGUACGGACGCAAACAAAAUCCAAUUCCACGCCAUCAGCACUAACGGCGUUACCACCUGGGAAAUAAAACAUCGCUCCAUCGCCUUUUCUGAGGGGACGCGGACUGUGACAGAUGGGUGUGGGAAGGGAGGGGAGUCCGAGAACGACUUGGAAUGGCAAUUGCGAUUGAAAUACUUUUCGUGUCAUUUCACGCUCACACGACGGUGCCUCUCCCAUGUCCCAUGUGCAUGCGCUUCUCUCCCCCUGUGCACCGCAGCCCGGGACUGGUUGGAACGGUUUCUGCAACCGCACCCAGCGCUGCGCCGGCAUCUAAUCGACCUGGCAACGGAACACCUGCACCAGAUGGAACAAAUGCAGCGUGGCAGCGUGCUGGAAGCGCUGGAACAUGUCGAGACGGUGCGAAUGCAACCCACCACCGGCACCAGCAGUGCCAAGCCGCACCAGCGCUAGCGGCAAUGAACGACCGAGUGCGCAGUGCGUUUCCUGCCCGGUCCGGAUGAAUAAAUCCCACCGUGGAGCCGCUUACCUGGGCCGCUUCCGGCUUCCACCUCAAUCCGGGCCCCGGCGACAAUCAAUCAUUUCCGGAACUGGGGAGGAACUGUGCAAAGGUGGGUCGAUUUGAUUCUGUUUGCACCGAGCGAUGGUAACAUUAUUUCCCCUCCCAGAGCAACAUUUCCACCAGCCACCUUCCCCCACGGGAUAUGGUAUUGUGUUGUUUGGAGGCGAUAUUUUUCCUCUCUCGCUCUCUUUUUGUUGCCACUUUUCCGAUUUAUUAAUAUUAAGUGUGGCAAUCGCUACGCGAUCGCUGGCUGCUUCACCCAAGGAUGGCACCCGAGGCCCCCUUUCAACGGUGCAAACGAAUUUAAUUAAAUAUUUCACUUUGAAGCGGCAUGUGCGAAGCGACGACUUCGGGUGGGUGGAGCUCAAUAAAUCAGUUAACACGCGGCAGGUUGAAGAUA